AUGCAGUCAAUAGACCAGCAAGGAUGGCUGCAAUCCUCCGUCCGCACACUCGGCUCUUACGCCUCAACCAGCACGCCCGCCUACACCCUCUCCGCCCUGUUCGCCCUCUCCACUCCCUUCGGCUUCGCCUCGCCCGCACAAGCCGCCGCCGAAGCCGCUGCUAAGGUCCAGCACGAAAAGCAGGUCGCAUCUCUACGAAAUUCUGCAUCAUCUCAGCACUCGAACGGCUUCGUCGCACGUCUCGUCGCAAAAGUGCAAGCGCAGCAGGCGGCCAAGGUGCAGACCCACGCACCGUUUCGUGUCGUGCCGCCGUUUUGGCAGCUUGCGUUCUUUGCAGCUGCGUUUGGCACGGGAGGAUACAUGAUUGACCAGGGAGAUGUGCUGAAUGGCAGCGGUGUGGUGAGCGCUUGGUCGUUGACGUAUUUGCUGUUCAAGACGUUGCCGUCGGCGAGGCAGCUGGGGAGGAAUCCGCUGGCGUUGGGGUUAUCGGCUGCGGUCGUGUCGAUCGGGUUGGGGGUGCAUGGAAGUCAUUACUUCGAUAGGACCAGCUGGAGAGGUGCCAUUCCUACCUUGACCUCGAAUCACGAGGUGAAGGCCGCUUCAGAGGGGCGAUCGAGGUUUGUUACUCUCGACAAGGUCGGCAAGACGAGUAGCGACGACAGUCCGGGGAGCAUCUUUACCAGCAGGGCAAGUCCAUCAAGAGUGACCGCUACAUCGAAUCCCGAGCAGAGAGUCACAACGCCAAAUGUCUUGCAAGCCUCAGAUCGCAACAACGACAACGCUCGUUCCGCCGCCUUUUUGCAUCGUCAAGGUCGAUCACAGUCCGGUCCCACCAUCCCUUGA